AUGAGCACAAGGACGCGGCGCGCCUUUGCGCGCGGUUCAUCACUCACCUCUUCGCCUGCCCGGAGUACCCGCAUUCGUCGUCGGGCUCCGGUGAAGCUCCCGUAUUUCAUCGCACAUGCGCUCCAUCGAACCAAGCUGCAUGCCUGCGUCACCUUCGCCGCUCUCGCCCUCCUCCAGCGACUUAAGGCACGCUUCUCUACCGCGCGCGGCUCCUCCGGCCAUCGACUAUUCGUCUCGACCUCCUUGAUUGCCUCCAAGAGCAUGUUCCAGUUGAGGGAGAUCAACCAGAUGGAGUGCAAGAUGUGCCAAUACCUGGACUGGGAGCUCAACGUCGACCCGAUCACCCUCCAGGAGUUCGAGGCGAGGAUCCGCAAAGACUUCGCUGGCCCAGGACCCUAUCCCACUUACAUCCUCCCCUCUCCUUCGAAGGCGACGCCCUCUCCCCCCUCCACUGUCUUUCCCUCGUCGACGCCCACUCCCGUGCUCACGUCAUCGACCUGUGCGCCCAUCACCACCACCAGCGGCCCCUCUCGCGCACCAACCUGCUCCCUCGCAUUCGCCUCCAGACACCCCCUCCCCUUCGUAUUCGAUGACAUCGUUCCCUAUCUUGACAGUAUUUCACUUGUCACACCCACUCGUUGGCUCUCGCCAUCAACGUUAACAACGCCAACACCCUCCCCUUAUCCCCCUCUACCCUACCCCUUGCCUCCGAAGCCUGUGCUCUCCGCCUGCGCUGGGGCUACCCUCGUCGCUCGGUUCGAUAGGAGCAAGGACGGCCCCGAUCCCAGCAGCCACGUGCAAGGAUCGCCAACCCACUGUUCUCCGGAUAGCGAACGUGGUCUUUCCUGUCGUGGAUUGGCAGGGAAUCGACGGCAGAUAGGUCAUACGGAGGCGAGCAGAGAAGCUCCCGAGGGGCUCAGCCUCCGGAAGACCCAAAAAUGGCAAGGUGCCGGCGAUUAA